GCGCGCGCGCGUGCUGCAGAUGAAAGUCGAAGAAGCUGCAGAGAGUUUGGAGAAAAACUAAUCUCAUCCAGACACGGCGGACACCCACAGACCUCAGGACGGAUCUGAACCCACCGUGACUAAACAUGAACACCGUGAAAAUGUUGCCUCUUCUCAUCACUUUACUGCACAGUCCUGUCUGUCUGUCAGUGACAGUAAGCAGCAGUAAACCCAAAGUGGAGGUCCACGAGCACACAGAUGCUGUGCUCGCCUGUGAGUUCAGGACAGAGAAAGAUCAGAGCCCUCGAAUCGAGUGGAAGAAGAAAGGAAAGGGGGUGACAUUUGUGUAUUUUAAUGACAAAUUUACUGGGUCUUAUGCAGGACGGGCAAAGAUAGAGGGCGCGACGCUGACGAUACACUCUGUUACUCAGAAAGACUCGGGGGAAUACCGCUGCGAGGUGACUGCCAGCGAGGACCACGUCAACCUCGGAGAGGCUACUGUAACCCUCAAUGUGCUCGUGCCUCCUCAUGUCCCGUCCUGCGAGGUGCCGAGCUCUGUGUUUGUGGGCUCAGAGCUGGAGCUUCUCUGUAAGGACAAACUCAGUGUGCCUCCUGCCACCUACCGCUGGUACAAAGACAACAAGGCUCUGACGGCCACAGCAGAUACUCCAUACAGCAUCAACACAAACAAGGGCACACUGAAGUUUAAGAGUGUGUCUAAAACAGACGCAGGCAUGUACCGCUGUGAGUCCUCCAACAGUGCGGGGGCGCCCAAGAGCUGUGUGGCCCAACAACUGAAAGUUAUUGAAUAUCCUUUGAAUAUGACGAUUCUGAUAGCAGGUGCUGCAGGUUUUCUGACACUCGUCCUUUUCUGCUGCAUCUGUGUGUGUGUCUGCCGACGCCGAGGUUGCUGCAAGAAGAACAAGAAAACAAAAAGCACCAAGUCCUACAACCCUCCUCCUCCUCCUCCCAUCCGCAAUCUCAAGCACUACAAACAAGCUCAGUCCUUCAUGAUCUGAGGGUGAAAAAAUCUCUCACUUUCACUUCAAACCAUCCAAAAUCUAAAGUGUACACUUUUGUGCAACACACUGGGGAAUUACUCGACCGACGCCUUGCUUUUGGACGGCUGCUCACUGCUUUCAGGGACGGACACACAGUCAAGCAAAAACGAGUUAAACAAGAUUUAGCAAAAACCUUGUUUCCUAAACACUGGCAUUUAUGCGCUUACAGUUUGGAAGAGUUACUACUUUCAUAUCUACUACAAACUAACAUUACUGUAAAUUCAAGGUUUAACUCAGCUCUUUCAACAUAUGUUUCAUUAUCAUAUUCUUCUUGAGUGUGUCAAGACAUUUUUAAAAUCUUAGUUUUUCAAGUCUUCUCACACUCAAGGGGCCAAGUCCAGUGCUUCAGUUUAAGUUUUAGCUCUUGUGCCACUUAUAGGCAAUUAAGUGUUAUUCAUCCACACUGAUUAUGGCAAAUACUGUAUAGAUUGUAUCCUUCUUAUUGCCUUUCAUUUAUAUGUAGAUGCAGAGAUGUUGUUUUAUAUGAAGUUAUUUUUUUCUCUUUGUCAUUUUUAUAUAUUUUUUAAAAACAUGUUUGUGUGUUGAUCUCAUAAUUGUUCUUUGUUUAAACUUCAGCUGUAUAAAUUCAAAUAAUGUGAAUUGAGUGACAAAUGAACAGGUGUCUGCACACACUGAAUGGCGCUCUGGAAGCUUUUAAAAUCUUUGAUACUAUUUUGAUGAGUCUAUCUCUUGAUCAAUAAAGAAAGAGGAAAACAAUUAGCACAUUGGA